UUUCGGGGGCCUCGCGAGCGGCUGUUGGUGCCCGUCGCCCGCGCUCUCGUGCGACUGCUACUGCGCUGCCGGCUGAACGAGCAAGAUGGAGGCGGUGGGCGCUUGAGAGCGGGUCUUCCGGCCGCUGCCCGCCAUGGCGGACGAUGCCGAGCUGGAGAGGAAGGCAGUGGAAGAACUAUUGAUAGAAGCGAAGCGUGGGAAAACUAGAGCAGAAACAAUGGGGCCCAUGGGCUGGAUGAAGUGCCCCCUUGCUAGUACAAAUAAAAGAUUUCUUAUUAAUACCAUUAAGAACACAUUGCACUCCCCCAAAGAGCAAGACCAGGGACAGAAACAUCAAGAAGAAACUAAAGAAUCUGAGCCAAGUCAGAGCAGGGAAGACGCCAAACCAAAGAGACCCAGAGUGCAUCCUUACAAGCCUAGUUUUCGGUCUAGGAGAGUCAGCUGCUCUCCUCCCAGGCACAGGCACAAGCACAAGCACAGGAACCAGAACACAAAGGACAAGUACGAAAAGCGAUCCAACAAAUAAUGAAAAACUGUCUGUCAUUCGAAGACUAUAAUUAAGCUAUUAACUGUGGGGGAAUGUUCAUUUAUCUUUGACUUCAAAGUAUUUCUCAGUACAAAUGUAUGUUGUAACAGUUUAGAGUUGAAUCUUGCAACUUUCUUGGAGUUCCCAUGUCCCUAAAAAAUUGACUCUGUGCUUCCUUUCUGUUACUACACCUCCUCCAAAUUUAAUUUUGAUGGUUGUAAGAUUUUUGUGCUUAAAUCUUUUGGAAAUUAUCUUUUAGAUCACAUGUGGGCAGCCUCUUUCAGCUGUCUAUUUUCUUCACUGCCUAGAGAAAAGAUUGCUCUGUUUGGUGUUGAUCAGAAUCAUUGAGAAGGAACCUGCCCCAGUGAUGCCAGUGCAGUAAGGAAUGAUGUUUUCCUGUUACAUAGUACAAUAUGUAAAUAUAUAUAGUGUACAUGACACUUUGUAACUCUAUUCAGUAAAGCUCUUAAUACAA